CAGCCCUCACCAGGCUCAACGUGUCCUCCAACAUGGCCUCCUACAGUUCCUCCGGCCACACCGCCUCCUCCUACCGCCGCACCUUCGGCCAAGGCACCUACGCCUCACCCUCCCUCAACCGCUCAUUGCUGGGCCACAGCAGUGGAGCCGGGGGCCACGCCACCUCAAGGGUCUACGAGGUGACCCGGACCAAGUCAGCCCCCGCUUACCGCGUCUCCUCCAGCUACUAUGGCGGGCCUGUGGCGGCAUCAAGGGCCUCCAUGGCGCGCUCCUACGCUGGCAUGGGUGAGACGCUGGACUUCAGCCUGGCUGACGCCCUCAACCAGGAGUUCCUGACCACGCGGACCAACGAGAAGGUCGAGCUGCAGCACCUGAACGACCGCUUCGCCAGCUACAUCGAGAAGGUGCGCUUCCUGGAGCAGCAGAACCAGGCGCUGGCGGUGGAGGUGGAGCGUCUGCGCGGUCGUGAGCCCACGCGCAUCGCCGACCUGUACGAGGAGGAGAUGAGCGAGCUGAGGAGGCAGGUGGAGAUGCUGACCAAUCAGAGGUCACGCGUGGAGGUGGAGCGGGACAACCUGGCCGAUGACCUGGACAAGCUCAAAUUCAGACUCCAGGAGGAGAUUCUCCAGAAAGAGGACGCAGAAAACAACCUGGCUGCUUUCAGAGCGGAUGUGGACGCUGCCACUCUGGCUCGUCUGGAUCUGGAGAGACGCAUCGAGACGCUGCAGGAGGAGAUCGUCUUCCUCAAGAAGAUCCACGAAGAGGAGAUCCGUGAGCUGCAGACUCAGAUGCAGGAAACUCAGGUCCAAAUCCAGAUGGACAUGUCCAAACCAGACCUGACGGCAGCGCUGAGAGACAUCAGAGCACAGUACGAAGGCAUCGCCGCCAAGAACAUCUCAGAGGCCGAGGACUGGUAUAAGUCCAAAGUGUCUGACCUGAACCAGGCGGUGAGUAAGAACAACGAGGCACUGAAGCAGGCCCGGCAGGAGACCAUGGAGUUCAGACACCAGAUCCAAUCCUACACCUGCGAGAUCGACUCACUCAAAGGCACCAACGAGUCCCUGAUGAGGCAAAUGAGGGACAUGGAGGACCGUCAUGGACGCGAGGCCGGCGGCUUCCAGGACACCAUCGCCCGGCUGGAGGCCGAGAUCGCCAACAUGAAGGACGAGAUGGCACGCCACCUCCGCGAGUACCAGGACCUGCUCAACAUCAAGAUGGCGCUGGAUGUGGAGAUCGCCACCUACAGGAAGCUGCUGGAAGGAGAGGAGAGCAGAAUUGCCUUGCCCGUGCAGAGCUACUCCACCCUGAGCUUCCGAGAGACCAGCCCUGAACACCAGCCGCGGUCCUCUGAGAUGCAUUCAAAGAAAACUGUUCUCAUCAAGACCAUCGAGACCCGAGAUGGAGAGGUCGUCAGCGAGUCGACGCAGCACCAGCAGGACAUCAUGUAACCAUCUGCAGAACCAAAGAAGAAACUAAAGAAAAAAAACACAAUUCCGUCCUUCCCUGAGAUGGACAGAUGAAGAAAACAAAAAAAAAAGUUGUGCAAAUAAAAGUAUAUGGAACAAGACUUUACUAUCUCAUCAGUAUGGCAUGUACUGUUGUUGUCUGAGAGUUCAUCAGGGGCUGUUUAUCUGUGCUUACUGGUAAAGUCAGCUUACAUACAUACAUGUGUGUAAGCUGUGUUUUUCUUUCAUUUAGAGAUAAAGCAGGAUAAAGGAACCUUGACUUUGAAAGAAGAAAAACAGAGUUUGCUGCAGUAGAAUCAGAAAAAAGGAUUCUACAGAGUAAAAAAUGUUAAAAGUCACAGAAAUCGAUUAUUUCACUGCAGACGAGUUAAUCUUCUACUGCAGCAUCUCUGUUUUACGCCACGUUUGUCGUAAAAGCCUGCAGAUAGAUCACAUUCUUCUAUCUGCACGGGAUUCGCCCUCUGGUUUCUUUCGGACAUGGCAGCAUCCUCGCUGUUCGUCAAGGUCGAGGUGGACCGCAUGUGCCUAUGUUCAUCAAAGGGACGCAGGGAGGACAGAUAAAAAAGGAGGAGAUGGAGGAGGAGAUUAAAAGAUGUCUGGAGAUGAAGAGAUAGAAAAGGUGGUUGUGUGAGGUAGAAAACAGAGAGAGUGGGCAGAUGGGGUCUGUAUUGCAGGGGCGAAUGUCCUCUUGUGACUUUCAAAUAAUA